AUGAGUACUGGCGGAAAGUUCUUCAGGUGUUUUGGUCUUAUUCUGUCGGGACAGGAUGUCGUACGAUUUCUUACCGACAUGAUAGCAUAUAUGAUAGCAUAUUUUGGACGGGAGAACCUCUUGAAUGACAUGUCCGCCUUCCCCCAGAUGGUGAGGAGGCAAGUGGACAUGGCUGUCGAAGAGAUCAGACUAGGAGUCGUAGAUAAUUUUCUCCAUCCCCCUUCUCGAUGCAACGGUUGUUUCCUUCGGGUUCCGGAGAGCAGUCCUCCUCGUCUUGCGACUGGCGAAGUCUACUUGACGGGCAUAGCAGAUGCUUUUCCCCACCUCUGCAGCCUCAGCCAGCACUUCUGCUCUUCUCUCUUUGAGGACUUCCUUUAUCCCCUCUCUGCGAACCCUUGCGAGCUCGGACGUGAGUACUUGGUUCCCUGCGGCUUGUGCUGCUCCACGCUGGCGUAUCAGCUCAAAAGUUUCAAGAGACAGGCGUCUCUUGGUGGUUUUAAAACUCUCAGCCUUAUUCGCGCAGUCGUAAAUGUGUUCAGCGAGCCGGUCAUAUUCCUUGUCGAUGUUGUCCAUUGCGGAAUCUUCGCAAAAGCCGGGUAG